AUGUCCAUGCUAAGUAAGUUACGUUUAAUAACGGUCGACGUUACCGGAACUCUUAUUGCUUACAAAGGGCAGCUCGGUGAUUACUACUGCAUGGCGGCAAAAUCGAUCGGGCUCCCAUGUCCCGAUUACAACAGAGUUCAUGAGGGUUUCAAACUUGCUUACACUGAGAUGGCAAGGAAGCACCCAUGUUUCGGGUUUGCUGAGAAAAUCCCCAAUAUUGUUUGGUGGAAGACUUGUGUAAAAGAUUCUUUUGUCCGGGCAGGGUAUGAUUAUGAUGAUGAAACGUUUGAGAAGAUUUUCAGGCGCAUCUAUGCUACGUUUGGUUCGGCUGCACCCUAUAGUAUCUUCCCUGAUUCACAGCCAUUCCUGAGAUGGCUUCGGGGAGAAAAAGGUAUUAUGGUCGGGAUAGUGAGUAAUGCAGAGUAUAGGUAUCAGGAUGUGAUCCUUCCCGCUUUGGGUUUACAAAAGGGAUCGGAGUGGGACUUUGGCGUAUUCUCAGGUCUGGAGGGUAUAGAGAAGCCGGACCCGAAAAUGUACGAGAUAGCGUUGGAGAGGGCAGGGAAUAUAGCACCGGAAGAGGCUCUUCACAUUGGCGACAGCAUGCGAAAGGAUUAUUUGCCUGCCAAGACUGUGGGGAUGCACGCCUUAUUGUUAGACAGGUUCAAUACACCUGAUGCAGAGAAUUGGAAGGAAUCCGGGGCCACUGUGUUACCUGACUUGGUGGCUGUGAAAUCUUGGCUUUCUUCUGAGCAAAAGGACGGCUAG